AUGGAAUCUGGGAGAAGGGGAUGGAAUCUGGGAGAAGGGGAUAGAAUCUGGGAGAAGGGGAUGGAAUCUGGGAGAAGGGGAUGGAAUCUGGGAGAAGGGGAUGGAAUCUGGGAGAAGGGGGUGGAAUCUGGGAGAAGGGGAUGGAAUCUGGGAGAAAGGGAUGGAAUCUGCGAGAAGGGGAUGGAAUAUGGGAGAAGGGGAUGGGAUCUGGGAGAAUGGGAUGGAAUCUGGGAGAAGGGUAUGGAAUCUGGGAGAAGGGGAUGGAAUCUGGGAGAAGGGGAUGGAAUCUGGGAGAAGGCGAUGGAAUCUGGGAGAAGGGGAUGGAAUCAGGGAGAAGGGGAUGGAAUCUGGCAGAAGGGGAUGGAAUCUGGGAGAAGGGGAUGGAAUCUGGGAGAAGGGGAAGGAAUUUGGGAGAAGGGGAUGCAAUCUGGGAGAAGGGGAUGGAAUCUAGGAGAAGGGGGUGGAAUCUGGGAGAAGGGGAUGAAAUCUGGCAAAAGGGGAUGGAAUCUGGGAGAUGGGGAUGGAAUCUGGGAGAAGGGGAUGGAAUUUGGGAGAAGGGGAUGGAAUCUGGGAGAAGGGGAUGGAAUCUGGGAGAAGGGGAUGGAAUCUGGGAGAAGGGAUGGAAUCAGGGAGAAGGGGAUGGAAUCUGGGAGAAGGGGAUGGAAUAUGGGAGAAGGGGGUGGAAUCUGGGAGAAGGGGAUGGAAUCUUGGAGAAGGGGGUGGAAUCUGGGAAAAGGGGGUGGAAUCUGGGAGAAGGGGAUGGAAUCAGGGAGAAGGGGAUGGAAUCUGGGAGAAGGGGAUGGAAUCUGGGAGAAGGGAAUGGAAUCUGGGAGAAGGGAAUGGAAUCUGGGAGAAGGGGAUGGGAUCUGGGAGAAGGGGAUGGAAUCAGGGAGAAGGGGAUGGAAUCUGGGAGAAGGGGAUAGAAUCUGGGAGAAGGGGAUGGAAUCUGGGAGAAGGGGAUGGAAUCUGGGAGAAGGGGAUGGAAUCUGGGAGAAGGGGAUGGAAUAUGGGAGAAGGGGAUGGGGAUGGAAUCUGGGAGAAGGGGAUGGAAUCUGGGAGAAGGGGAUGGAAUCUGGGAGAAGGGGAUGGAAUCUGGGAGAAGGGGAUAGAAUCUGGGAGAAGGGGGUGGAAUCUGGAAGAAGGGGAUGUAAUCUGGGAGAAGGGGAUGGAAUCUGGGAGAAGGGGAUGGAAUCUGGGAGAAGGGGAUGGAAUCUGCGAGAAGGGGAUAGAAUAUGGGAGAAGGGGAUGGGAUCUGGGAGAAGGGGAUGGAAUCUGGGAGAAGGGUAUGGAAUUGGGAGAAGGGGAUGGAAUCUGGGAGAAGGGGAUGGAAUGAGGGAGAAGGGGAUGGAAUCUGGGAGAAGGGGAUGGAAUCUGGGAGAAGGGUAUGGAAUCUCGGAGAAGGGGAUGGAAUCUGGGAGAAGGGGAUGGAAUCUGGGAGAAGGGGAUGGAAUCUGGGAGAAGGGGAUGGAAUAUGGGAGAAGGGGAUGGAAUCUGGGAGAAGGGGAUGGAAUCUGGGAGAAGGGGAUGGAAUCUGGGAGAAGGGGAUAG